AUGUUACAGCUGAGCAGGUUGUUGGGUCCUUUGUCGAGGACUAUGUUACAGCUGAGCAGGUUGUUGGGUCCUUUGUUGGAGGACUAUGUUACAGCUGAGCAGGUUGUUGGGUCCUUUGUUGAGGACUAUGUUACAGCUGAGCAGGUUGUUGGGUCCUUUGUUGGAGGACUAUGUUACAGCUGAGCAGGUUGUUGGGUCCUUUGUUGAGGACUAUGUUACAGCUGAGCAGGUUGUUGGGUCCUUUGUUGGAGGACUAUGUUACAGCUGAGCAGGUUGUUGGGUCCUUUGUUGAGGACUAUGUUACAGCUGAGCAGGUUGUUGGGUCCUUUGUUGAGGACUAUGUUACAGCUGAGCAGGUUGUUGGGUCCUUUGUUGAGGACUAUGUUACAGCUGAGCAGGUUGUUGGGUCAUUUGUUGGAGGACUAUGUUACAGCUGAGCAGGUUCUUGGGUCCUUUGUUGGAGGACUAUGUUAUAGCUGAGCAGGUUGUGUUGGGUCCUUUGUCGAGGACUAUGUUACAGCUGAGCAGGUUGUUGGGUCCUUUGUUGAGGACUAUGUUACAGCUGAGCAGGUCGUUGGGUCCUUUGUUGGAGGACUAUGUUACAGCUGAGCAGGUUGUUGGGUCCUUUGUUGAGGACUAUGUUACAGCUGAGCAGGUUGUUGGGUCCUUUGUUGAGGACUAUGUUACAGCUGAGCAGGUUGUUGGGUCCUUUGUUGAGGACUAUGUUACAGCUGAUCAGGUUGUAGGGUCCUUUGUUGGAGGACUAUGUUACAGCUGAGCAGGUUGUUGGGUCCUUUGUCGAGGACUAUGUUACAGCUGAGCAGGUUGUUGGGUCCUUUGUUGAGGACUAUGUUACAGCUGAGCAGGGUGUUGGGUCCUUUGUUGGAGGACUAUGUUACAGCUGAGCAGGUUGUUGGGUCCUUUGUCGAGGACUAUGUUACAGCUGAGCAGGUUGUUGGGUCCUUUGUUGAGGACUAUGUUACAGCUGAGCAGGUUGUUGGGUCCUUUGUUGAGGACUAUGUUACAGCUGAGCAGGUUGUUGGGUCCUUUGUUGGAGGACUAUGUUACAGCUGA